AUGUUUAAUGAAGAUUAUUAUAGAAGAUUAAUAGUUUAAUCAUAAAAUUAAUAAAUAAGAAUAAUAAAUACAGAUAGACCAUGGUAUCCUAAAAUGAAAUAAAAAGAUAUAAUUAGACCAUUAUUUAGUGAAGAUUUUAAAUUUUUUGUAUUACCACCUAAUAAGAUGAUUUCAUUAUUAAAAAGACAUAAAAUAACAAUACCAACAGAUGAAUAAAUAAGAGAAUUUCUUAAAAAUCAUUCAUUAAAGAAUAUUGUAGAUUAUGGAGUUAAAUUAAAAAGUACUACAGAAAUUAAAGUACAUCCUCCUUAAGUAAUUAUUUAAAAUUAAAGAAAAAGAGCAAAAACUAAAUAAUAAUUAAUUAUUAAUAAAAAGACUAUUAAUAUAUAACAUAUUAAUAAUAAUAUAAUAGAACCAACUAAAUAAUCUACAUCAUCUUAAUAUAAACCUUCAUAUCAUAAAACUUUAAAAAUAUAUAAGACUGAUUAUUCUAAUUAAGAUCUAUAUACAAUCAUAAAUAAAUUAAAUUUCUCACCUAUGUAAAUUAAUCAAUCACCUAAAUAAACAAAAUAAAAUAUACAUAUUAAUACUUUACCAUCUUAAACAUAUGUAAAACCGAUUGUACCAAAAAGUGUAUUACCUUAUCCUCCUAGAUCAAAGAAACAGCUUCGAUAAUUACUGUUGAGAGCCAUUAAUAAGAUAAAGAAAUUAGGUUUAACUAUUAAGUAUGUAAUGUAAAAUAAGAUAUUUUCAAAAAAACCAUAUGAAAAACCACUUUCAAAACAAUUUAUUCAUGCAGCUAAAAAGAAUUAAAUAGAUGAAAUCAAUAAUCUUCUAUCAAUCAAUCCUUAUCUUGUUUUUGAUUUUGAUUUUUAUAAUAUGACUGCACUUCAUUGGGCAUGUAAAAAAGGUUAUGUAGAAUUAGUAGAAUUGCUUUUGUAAUAUCAUUCUGAUGUUGAUGGAAUUGAUAUUUUAUAUAGAACACCAUUAAUUUUAUCAAUAGAGGAAAACCAUUUGGAAAUCACACAUAUUUUAUUGGCUAAUGGUGCAUACCCUUGGAGUACUGCUAUUACAGAUUUAAAAACUGUUUUAGAUUCUAAUGAAAAAGCUAAAAAUCUAUUAACUAAAGUUAGAAGGGUAAAAUCUAUUCUAAUUAUCUUUUUUAGUUGCAAAUUAUGGCGAAAUGGACUUAAUAGAAGGAAUACCUCAGUUUAAUAUGA